GUGACAAUCUUUGAUGUUUUCUACGUCAGGUGAGAGGUGUGACAGCACGUGACCGCCGCGCAGGCACACUUAGAGAGGAGGAAGCGACCGAGACAGGACGCUGCUUUAUGGUUUUAGGACUGUGGGAAACGCGGAGGUGUGAGGAGUCCACGCGGACAGGAUCCUCUGUGGGUAUAAAUACAGCUGCACGAGGACGACACGGGACUGCUGACCUGAGAGACCAUGGCCCCUGUGACCCAGAGCUCACCUGAAGACAAGCCUGCAGCUGUGGACAGCACGAGCUCCAACAAGCUGCGGAAGCUGAUGGUGGAGAAGGUCCGGAGGGACCGGAUCAACCACAGCAUCGAGCAGCUCAGGGCGCUGCUGGACCCGGCCGCCCCCCCCGGCGGUCGGUCCCCGUCCAGGCUGGAGAAGGCGGACGUCCUGGAGCUGGCCGUGGGGCUGCUGAAGCGGCGCGCGCUGGCCCGUGCGGCCCCCUCCUACUCCCAGGGCUUCUCCCAGUGCCUGCAGGAGACCCUGCGGCACCUGUCGCUGCACGCGCCGCUGCAGCCCGCGGAGAGAGAGGAGAUCAAGCGCUUCUACGUGCUGCAGAGAGCGGCGCUGCAGCGGCACGUGUGCGGCGAGCAGAGGCGGCGGAGCGGCGCGCGGAAGCGGGAUCAGAGCUGUCUGUGGAGGCCGUGGUAGCGCGGAGGACUUCCUGUUCAUGCUCUUAAUUUAAGGACGGGCUCGCAGGGUGCACGCGCCCUCCGCGUGCGUGACGCAGCGGCGCCAAGUUGUGAGCUUUUGUGCAACAUUUGCACGUUUUUGAAUGACGUCAUGACUUUUCUACUGUGUAGACAGAGGAGAGUUAGGCCUUCUGUGGAGGCUGCAUGCAAACUGCUCUUUGAUUGGUCCCUUCUCAUGUGACGUCACUGAUUUAAUAUUAAAUGUUUUUAAUGAAA